AUGGAGAACCAGGAGAAGGGGCCGCAGGCCCAUCCCCAGGAGGUGCUGGUGUGGAGUCCAGCCCUGAGCGCAGAGGACUCGGGCUCGCAGCACGGACCAGGUCCUGCUAGCAUCCGCCCCCCCCCCCAAAAGUACUGCACCGCCUUCACAGCAGCCACUCAGUCAAUGUGGGUGGAUGACCACCUGCAGGGUGGUGGAGAGGAGGUACAGCCCUCAGCCACCCGGCCAGGUGGUGGAGAGGAGGUACGGCCCUCAGCCACCCGGCCAGGUGGUGGAGAGGAGGUACGGCCCUCAGCCACCCGGCCAGGUGGCCAGGACUCCCGAGCCCAGGGCUCACACUCAGCCCCAGGGCCAGGUGCUGGUGUCCGUGAAGCAGGGAGCGGAGAACAGAACGAGGUGUCUUCAUUUCCCGGCAGCAGAUCGCUGACAGACCCGGGCCAGACCAAGCCUGGGAGGGCCAUAGCACCCCCCAGCUCCAUGACAGAUGAACUGGACCUGUCUUCCAUGCCACCGGCACGGGGUGCGGUGGUUCUCCUGUGGCUGCGAGAGAAGCAUUUCCAGUCCGCAGAGGACGCGGUGCAAUCAGAGGCUCUCAAAGCACGGCGGGAGGUGGACGUGAGGGCUGGCUCCUUGGGCCUGCUGGAGCCAACAGGCCUGCGUCCCGUCUGGACGGAGCGCCGGUGGCGUAACCCCUGUCCACAGCUGGCUCUAGCUCUGAGCCGAGGCCGCUGCUGGGAAGGGCAGCGUGACUCACUGUCCCAGGAGAGGGUCAGGCCUGGUCCAGAGGAGAGGACCCAGAGGUCAUCAGUGUCCACAGGAAUCACCACGGAGCUGCCCGGCUGGCCAGACGCAGAGCCCCCGGCGAGGACCCAGGACCCGGGGCACGGCUGUGGUCCCGGCAGGAUGAAAGUACGCGCGGCCGUCCUGCUCAUCCUGCUGCUGCUGUUAGCGGAGCCAGGCCAGCUGCGCUGUUACACAUGCAUGACCUUGCACAGCGGGGAGCGCUGCGACCAGACACGGCCCUGUGGCCCCAGCCAGCCGUUCUGCGAGACACUCAUCUCCCACAGCCAGACCGAGUCCCGCCUCCUGACCACCUACUCGGGGUGGUGUGCAGACACUUGUCGACCUGUCACCAGGACCGUGGAGGAGACGCGGCUGACCGUGUCCUGCUGCCAGUUCACUCUGUGCAAUGUCCCACCCUGGAACACCUCAGGAGGCUGGGUCCCACCAGGCUCUGCGGCCGGACGCCAGCCGGGUAGCAGGGCUGCUGGCUCUCAUGGCAGCCCGCCAGCCAUGGGCACUGCCGUGCUGCUCAGCCUCCUGGCCGGCCUGCCUGCAAUGGGGUCCUGA